AUGAAAACAGUUUUAGGCCUUCUGACCAUCAUCUUGGGGUUAUGUUAUUGCAGUACUAUAGAAACAACAACCCCAUGUACUUGCUAAUAGCUAACUUAAAAUGAUUGUAUAAAAAAUAGUGGGUGUGCUUGGAAUAAAACGUGUGAUGUCAAAACUAUCACUUAAACUAAAUCAAUCAAUUAUUGCAGUUACUUAAAUGAAUAACAAUGUCAAUCAGAUGACGUAUGUUAAUGGGUGAACAGUUAAUGCACUUUUUUUACAGGAUGCACAGCUUACAAAUUAACGUCCGAUAGGGAAUGCAAGAGCAUUAAUAAGAGAUGCUAUAAAUCUGAUCUUAAGAAAUGUAUAGAAUUAAGUGAAUGUGUCGAUUACACAGAUCCAAUCAUUUGUUUUAUGGAUGUUAAUUAAAGAUAUUGUUAUUGGGAUACGAAAAUCAAUAGAUGCUCAAAGGCACUGGAUUGUCAGUCCUAACCCUCUGCUUUGGAUACAGAUGCUAAAUGUAGAUCCUAGAUUUCAACUUGUACUGCAAAACCAGGUGGUGGAUGUAUGGAUGCAUAUUAGGGUUGUUCUGACAUCACUCUAGAGAUCUAAUGUUUUUAUAAUAAAGACCAAUCAUCUCAAUGUUUUUGGGACAAUUCUGUGAAUCCUCCUUUGUGUAAAGUAAAAAUUUGUGAAAACGCUCCUGCUACCUUGAAAACUGAUGAACUAUGCAAAUCAUUUCUACCGUAAUGCACAACUAAGAUAAAUGGUGGUUGUGCCUAAAGAUCGACAUGUGAUGCAGCAACUACUAGAAAUGCUUGUAUUAAAGAUCAAUAAGGAAAUGAUUGUUUUUGGGUGGAUGGCUUUUGCAAAUAAAAAUUAUGUAACAAUGCUACCAAAGAAAUUGUUACUAAUGUGGGUUGUUAAUCAAUUAGUUAGGAUUGCAUAACAAAGUCAGGUGGUGGUUGUAUGACUAAUGGGGAGUGUUCCACUGCCAAUAUUGACUACGCUUGCAAAGUCAACAUAAGAGGCGAACAAUGUUUUUGGGAUUCUGUGGCUCAAUAAUGCAAAGAUAAAACUUGUACUAAUGCUCCUUAGAAUCUGAGCACAUAUGAAUAAUGUAGUAAGUUUUUAGAAACCUGCACUGUUAACUCGCUUAAAUAAGGAUGCGAAGAUAGGACUUGUGAAAAUGCCCCUGUAUUUGUCACUACUCUUGAUGGGUGUUAAGAUUAUUAUAAUGAAUCUUGCAUUCCAAAAUAAAAUGGUGGAUGUGUUACUAUCAAUACAUGCGAGGAAAUUCUAUUAGAACUAAGUUGUGUUAAAGAUAAAUUAAAGCGUCCUUGUUUUUGGAAUGAAGGAAAAUGCUUACUAAAAAUAUGCACUAAUAUUCCUAAAACUAGUUAAAAACCUGUUACUCUUGACCAUUCCAAGUGUAAUGAGUUUAUGUAAACAUGCACAUACAGUUAAUCAAGUAACAAUUGUAUUAAUUACACAUGUGACAAUGUUUAAGAUAAUACCAUAUGCUUAUAGAAUCAACAAUGCUAUUAUCGUGAAACUUGCUACACCAAAACAUGUUUCACUGCCCCACUCUCUUAUGCAACUCAUUAAUAAUGCUUCCUAUAUAAGAACACAUGCACUCUGGCUCCAUCAGGAUAAGGGUGUUCAAUUAUGUUAUAAACAUGCAGUCUAUACAAAAACAAAACAUAAUGUGUUUAAUCUGUUGCUACUGCAUGUUAAUGGUCAGAUGAUGCUUGCGUUGAAAGAUAAUGUAAUCUAGCUGAUAUUUCAUAUAAUACCACUUUAAAAUGUCAGUAAUAUUUAACUGGAUGUGUAGUAAAUAACUAACAACAGGGAUGUAUUCCAGAAAUAAAAAAAUGUGAGGAUAGUUCGAUCCAACAGAACUGUACUUUAGAUGUAUGCGAAUGGAAAACCAAUAAAUGUGUUACUAAGUAAUGCAGUAAUCAAAAGACCAAUUGUUUAUCAUAUAAGACUCCAAUAUAGUGCAUUAACAAUGAUGGCAGCACUUCUUGUAUGGAUGUACCAAAUACUUGUACAUUAUUACCAAAGGAAUAUUGUAAACCUGCAUAAUCUUAUGACUUGAUUAAGAAAUAUUGUUUUAUUUAAAAUGUAGUUAAUUGUGUAGAACUAACUUUAGAAACUGAAUGCAGUAGUUAUAGUGACUCAAUGUAUUGCAUCAAAAGAAAUAACAAUAAAGGUAAUUGUGUUUGGGUAGAUGGGGAUUGUUACAAUGAUGAUUGUACUCAAUUGCCCAAUACAUUGACAUCAUCAUCAGAGUGUUAAACAGCAAUUCCAAGAUGCAUCCUGAACAAUUCAGGCGAAGGAUGUACUAAUAAGAAUGAAUGUUCGGCAUAUAAUGAUAAAAAUUGUGAUUAAUUGGAUAAAAAUGGUUAUGAAUGUGUUUAUAAGAAUAGUCAAUGUCAAAAGAAGUCUUGUGCAACCAGUGACGCUACUAAUCACACUGAUUGCUAUAAGUAUUUGUCAACAGGCACAAAAUGCACUGUGAAUAGCAAUGGCAACGGGUGUAUUGAAUUGACAUCAUGUUCUAAUUAUAGCAAGGAAUCAUAAUGCGUUAUUAGUAAUUUAUCAAAGGUUUGUUAUUGGAGUAAUGGUAAAUGUUUUGAGAAGAAAUGCUCUUUGGAGACAACUUCCACAACCCAUGACUAAUGUUAAGUAUUUAUGAGUGGUUGCACUCUAGAUACAAAUACAAAUCUGGGAUGUACCGAAUUCCCUGAGUGUUAAUAGAUUUAAGAUCCAUCAGUAUGCAAUUCCAAUCCUAAAUGUGUAUAUCUGUCUAACAAUUGCAUCAUAAAGACAUGUGAAAAUGCCAUAUUAACUGAAUAUAAUAACACGAGUUGUAGCAGUUUGCCAUUUGAAGGUUGCGCUUUCGAUAGUAACUUCUGCAGUACAAAGACAUGUGCUCAGUAUGAAUUCAGCACUGAUGAGUAAUGCAGUUAAUAGAAUUCAAAUUGCACAACCAAUGGAAAGACGUGUACAGAAAGGUUAGAUUGUAAUAAGGCUGUUGCAGAACAAGGGUGCAAAAAGGACAUAUUUGGUAAUUAUUGCCAAUGGAAUGAAAUUUCUAAGACUUGUACUUUAAGAAAUUGUACAACUGCACCCACUUCGUUAACAACUGAAACUUAAUGCUAACAAUAUUACGAUGGUUGCACAACUAAGUUAGGUGGAGGAUGCACAACUAAAUCUACUUGUUCAGCUGCAAAUGUCUAAGCUGCAUGUAAUACUUCGAAACAUGGAGAAGUAUGCAGUUGGGAUGAUACCAUCUAACAAUGUAGAAAUUAAUCUUGUGUUGAUUUCAAUGGAAGUGAUUACAAAACAUGCAAUAAGCAGAACAGCAAAUGCACGACUAAUGGGUUAGGUAAAUGCUUUGAAAUUGCGUAUUGUAGUUAAUAUCUUAAUGCUUAAUCUUGCAUAAUGGGAGGAGAUGGCCCUUGUCUAUGGGUUAAUGGAUAAUGCUAUUUAUAUAGAGAUUGCACUAGUAUCAAAUUCAAAACACAUUAAGAAUGCCAAAAGGUAAGUGAUAAAUGCACCACAGAUGGUAACAAAUGUGUGUCUAUUACAGAAUGCAGCCAAACUAAUACUAAUGGAGGUUGCUUAUUAGGAAUUGAAGGUAAAUGUAUCAUGACAGUAAAUGAUAAAGAUGUUAAAGUUUGCACUACCUUUAAGAAAUGCUCUGAUGCUAAACUUAAAACUCACACUGAUUGUAAUACUGCUAAUAAUGGAUGCACUACUGAUGGUACUUAAUGCACUGAAUUGCUUGCCUGUAAAGAUUACAAAAUAUAAGAAUAAUGUUAUUUAGAUAUCAAAGGUGCUGUCUCUGUAAACAAUAAAAUCUCAUCAACUGGAAUAUGCAAAUGGGAUGGAUCCUGUAGAGCAUAAACCUGUGAAGAUUUAACUGGAACUACACAUUCCAUUUGUAAUACCCAAAUGAUGACUUGCACUUCAAAUGGAACUAACUGUUAUACUAUGGACAAGUGUUAGAAUUAUUCAACAAAGGAGUUAUGCAAUACUGCUCUCGGUUCAGAUGGUAAAUGCAUAUACUCUACUUCAAAUACCAAAUGCUAGCUUAUGGCUUGCAGCGAUAUCACCAAUAAUAUUUGUAAUAUUCUUGAUAAUUGUGUCACUGAUGGUACAAAAUGCAUUGCUAAAACAAACUGUGCUUCAUAUACAAGUCAAGUGUCUUGUGAAAUAUCAGGAACUGAUGGAACAUGCCUUUGGAAUGCAACCACUAAGAAAUGUGCUUUAUUUUCAGCUUGUUCUAUUGCUGCGGAUUAAAAUCAGUGCAAUAAGAUGAAUAAGGUAUGUAGUUGGGACACAACUUCAAACAAAUGUGUUGAUUUAACUUGCUAAAUCUAAUUUAAAUCCACCAAUAAUUGUGUUAACAUUUCCACUUGGAUUCCUUCAUAAAUUAGAACCUGCAGUCUUGUUAAUGGAGUUUGCUAAGAAAUUGAUGUUUAAGCCUAUGGACCUAGUGAAUGUUACUUAUUAACAUAAUACACAUACACAUACAAUACUUCUUUAUAAAAAUGCACCUAAUGUUCGACUACAACAACUAAUUAGACAAAUAACACUGUAAACGACACUGAUGAUACUGUAGAUAACUACUAAUAUUUAAUUGCUUUGGGAUUUUCAGUAUUAUCGUUAUUUUUAUUCUGA